AAGACAAACAUGGAGAAGAGUUUACUGGCACACUCCUGCUCAGAAUACUGGUGUGAGCGCUAGUGCAAUCAGCUUAUGACCACAAAAGACAGAGAAUUACAGAUGUCAAUUUAGAACUCUGACACCUUUUCCAGGAUUCAAAUGAUCUUGAGAGAUGAAUAGAGGAGGUUUCAGUAUGAAACAGAAACGCUGGUGUGGGAUGACAGCCAAAAUAGGCGCCGUGUUAUCAGGGGUCUUUACCAUCGUAGCCACCAACUUGUACCUUAUCUUCGAAGGGAAGUACAUUAGGAGCAGCAAUUGCACUGAUUUUAAUCCACGGAAUAAGAGUAUACAUAUCCUGAUAAAUCACUUCGUCAUCUGUUGGAGUUUCAAUAUUGUCCUCUUCCUAUCUUGUGUCACUAUCAUCGUCAGCUGCUUAUUCAUAUACUCAGUAUAUGCCCAGAAAUGCAGGGGCGUGGUGACCUACAUCAUCUGGAUCUUUUUCUAUGAAACUGUAAAUAUUGUAGUACAAAUUCUUAGCAACAAUGACAACAACGUUGGAGAAGUCAGAGUCAUGCGCUGGUUUGGCUUGGUGUCCCGUAUAUUCAUGCACUGUUUCUGGAUAUUCUUUGUCAUAAUUUAUGCCCACAUAAUCUACGAAAAUAAAAACAAGGGCAAUAUAAUUUCCUACAACAGACGUAUUUCUACAGGCUAUGAAGACUUCUCACGGAGAAAAUCAAGGAUAAUCAACUUUACCCGCCACUAGAAAGAAUAAUGUUGGCCCUUUUCUCUCUGAGAGGCAGAUCUCCCAGGUUCUCGUGGUAGCUCUAGUUCUGUCUCUUUCACUUUUGCUGGUCUGUUCAUCAAAUAGAGACCUUAAUUGUCACUCUUUUGGGAAAUUUGGAGAGAACUGUGAUUGUAAUCACAACUGGAGCAUCCUGCUCAAUGAGAAUGUUUAGUUAAAGGGCACUGUUUUUUAUCAAGCUCUUUGAAUUGCUCCUUUUUCUGUUCAGUACCAUCUUAUUGGUCAAAAUGAAGAGGGCAAGAGAAUGAAAUGAAGCUGAAAUGCAGUCUGGCAGUCCUUUCAUCUUAAUAUGUCUUCAUCAGCCUUCAACUCACCGCUUUCUAAUUCAACCGUAGGACAGGCAAAUCUGUAUUUAUAUCUCAGAUUGUUGAAGCACAAAGGAUACUGUUGGUGCCUUGGGGUGGCUUUGUACUAUGGUUUUUCUCUCUAUGAUCUCUAUGCUAUGUUCCAGAUAAGUAAAAUAAUAAAAAUAGAGAAAACUCA